UGUAACUGGUUCUUAUGUUACUUCCCGUUGCACAGGAGUAGGACUGGCUCUUAGGAAAAUGGGUGCUAUGGCCAAACCAGACUGCAUCAUUACUUGUGACGGCAACAAUAUCACCAUUAAAACUGAGAGCACUUUGAAGACGACGCAGUUUUCUUGUACCCUGGGGGAGAAGUUUGAUGAAACUACAGCCGAUGGCAGAAAAACUCAGACGGUCUGCACCUUCACUGAUGGCGCCCUGGUUCAGCACCAGAACUGGGAUGGGAAGGAAAGCACAAUAACAAGAAGAGUUAAGGAUGGGAAGCUAGUGGUGGAUUGUGUCAUGAACAACGUGACCUGUACUCGGGUCUAUGAAAAGGUGGAGUGAGGAUUUUGUCGAGACCCUGGACAAGAAGCUGUGAGAGUGAAUCCGCUCAGUUCAAUGAGCAGAUCAUAAAUAUCCACAGACCUUCUUUUCUUCAGUUUUAUUUUUCAUGACUGUUUUUCAGUUAUCUUUAUCACCAACACUUUACAUGAAACCCAUGUCAAAGUGUUGAUUUACCUAUGAUUAGUUCCUUUGGUUACUAAAUAAACGUGUUUGUGCUAAUUCA